CUGCCUGUACCACCACUACAGCAACAACCCACCCCACAGCUUCUCUCGCUCGCCCCAUACGCCGCUCCAACCUUUCGUCUCCCCGAAGCUGCUUUCUGCCUACUCGACCAGCUCACUCCACAAUGAUGAUGUCAACGGGCAUGUUGGGAGAAGAUGGCAUUCACGUCGACAUGAACCACCUCAAGAAGGGAGAGGUCAACCUCGGAACAUCCAUCAUGGCCAUCAACUUCAAGGACGGUGUCAUAUUAGCUGCCGACAGCAGGACGACAACCGGAGCAUACAUUGCGAACCGAGUUACCGACAAGCUCACACAAGUCCACGACACCAUCUGGUGUUGCAGAUCCGGGUCAGCAGCAGACACACAGGCUGUCGCGGACAUUGUCCAAUACCACCUCGGCAUGUACGGUACCACUAACGACGAGCCACCCACGACGCAGACGGCGGCAGCUAUCUUCCAAGAACUGUGCUACUCCAACAAGGACCAACUCUCCGCUGGACUCAUCAUUGCUGGAUGGGACCACCGACACGGCGGCCAAGUAUACUCGAUCCCUCUCGGAGGCUCCCUGCACAAGCAAUCAUACGCAAUUGGUGGCUCGGGUUCGACGUACAUCUACGGAUACUGCGACGCGAACUGGAAGGAGAACAUGAGCGAGGAGGAAGGCAUCAAGUUCGUCAAGGGCGCACUCUCAGAAGCCAUCAAGUGGGACGGCAGCUCGGGCGGUGUGAUUCGCAUGGUGGUGCUCACAGGCAAGGGUGCGCAGAGGCAUCUAUACCUGCCGGACCAGAACUACGAAGGGCCAGGCAAGCAGUAGGACUCGUCAUGACCAUGUAUGAUAUAGCACGACAUGACGAUGAUACCUGAACGAGCUGUAUGAAAUAAAAGGAAGCAAGUUAGCUAGCAUAUUUACACAGGAACUUGGGCCACGGGGCGUGGGAUGGAACCGCAGCCACGGGCCAAUCAACUGUCAGCAUUGCCCCAUUCGUCACCGGCCUCCUCUUGGCCCUUCUCCCUCUGGUUCUGUGCAGCAUUUUACGUGGCGCGACGUGUCGAAGUGGCAGAACUACCAUCUUGUUUUUAUUCGGUUGGAUGCAACAAGUGCUGGAACGAGUCUUGGUGGCUGCACUGCACAGUGUCGUCACAUGCGUCUGGGACUGUGCAGGUGAAUUGCGGCCAGGGUCUCGUU